AUGACUGGCUAUGUCUUCCUUGGUGUUAGGCGUGGAGAUGAGUACAAAGUUGCAGAGAUUAACGUGCAUGGACUUGGUGAUGACCAGUUCUUUAAAGAGCUUAAAGCUGAGUACUACACAAUGAAAGGGUACCUUUGGCGCCUUUUCAGUAUCUGGAAGUUCAAGCACUGCGAUUUUUUUAAGUUUGAAAAGUUUGACUAUGAUUGCAGCGUCCCCAGAGUCGAGGGUAUGCCUGAGAACGAUCCAGAAUACCUGUACGUACCAAAGCCUCGACGUUUAUCAGACCCGAUGCCUCCGAUCGACCCUCAUGAAUUUGAGACAAGGUUUUAUUCUUGCUACGGAGGUGGUAAACGCCAUAAACAUAUUUUUCUUUCUUGCAACAACAAAAUCUGUCGACCUGAUGACGACGCCCUUGAGCGGAUUCCGAAGCGCAUCAAGGGGCUUGCAGUUGGAAUUCCAAAACGAGGCCACUUCUGGGGCUUGCAUGCUCGCGAGCAAAUUUCCUUCUUUGUGGUUGCUCUCUAUAACUUCCUUUUGCUAUUCUCAUCACUAGUGUUCUGGAUGUGCUGGCUUUUCGUCUGGAAGCAUCCUGGAGACCUGCAGAAUGCUUCCAUUAUCACAGCCGUAGUCAGUACUCUUUUACCCAUGGUCUGGUUGCCUUUGUUUGUGAACACGGACCAUGUUAGAUAA